AUGUGGACAUUACGCCACGUUGUUCGCCGUGCACUUGUAUCUUCAUCUCCGUACCGUGCACUAACCGCUGCUGCUAUUGCACAAGAUAAAGUUCCCAUUAACAAUCUAUUUGUGACAUCCACGGAGGUGGCCACGAAGACGGCACCGGUACUGAUUGGUCUGGCCAACACUUUGGAGCAAAAAUUUGCCAAAGUCGGAUACUUUCGUCCUAUUCAGCCAAGUUUUGAGUCUGGCUUGGCCGAUCACCAUGUUGAAGUAAUGCGUGAGCAGCUGGGACUCUAUAAGGACGUGAAACAAUUGUACGGCGUGACAAGUGAACGUGCCAUUGAAAGCUGGCUCAAUGGAAAGCAAGAUGAUCUGGUGGAGGAGAUAUUGGACCGUUAUGAACGAUGUCGAGAAGGUUAUGACUUUAUGAUCAUUGAGGGGUCUCAGAUCUCAAAGCACGAGAGUGCAAUGAGUUGGAAGAUCAAUGUAGACAUUGCAAAAGCCAUUGGAACUCCAGUGUUGACCAUCUCAGAUCUUAGUGAGUCAACAAACACAAGCGGUGAGUUACUUGAGGAGAUCGUGUCCCGUACGGCAUUGAACGCUGAUCAAGUGGAGGGUGCUGGUCUCGUCUUUAUUGGGAAUAUUGCCAACCGGGUUUAUACGAAAGACCCCACGACUUUACGCGAAGCAUUGCGCUCUAAAAUGAGCGAGAAGAACUUGCCAUUCCUAGGGUUUCUACCGUACGACGAAUUUAUUGCGUCCAAGCGUUUGAACGAGGUGACGCACCAGCUAGGAGCCAAACAGCUCUUUGGUACGAAAGCCAUCCCGAAUAACGUCGUGGUAACGUCGGCAGUGGUGGCUACUAGCGCCUUGAAGGACCUGUUUUCGCACCUGAAGAACUACAAAGAUGGUGCUCUAGUGAUCACGUCGGCAGACCGCUCGGACAUUAUGCUGGGUUUAAUGGCUUCGCGUUUGCCUGGCAUCUUACCAAACGUGUCUGCGAUUGUACUGACCAACGGCAGCUACCCACACAGCAACACACAGGAAAUUCUAAAGGGUGUCGAGGCUCUGGACAAGACGGGCCUAUCUAUUCCAAUCUUCUCGGUACCCGAGGACACGUUCACGACGGCUGACAAGUUUUCAAAGGUGUCAACAGACAUCCUGCCCACGAGUCAGCUUAAAAUUGACCGCUCCAAGCAGCUCUUUGAUGAGUUCAUUGAGAAGGAAAACCUCAUUGGUGAGCUGAACGAAGGUAUGGUGGUAAACCGUUCUCCUAAACAGUUUCAGCACUUCUUGUUCAGCAAGUCGCGUGCCGUUCAGCGUCAUAUUGUGUUGGCGGAGGGUGAAGACAUUCGCGUGCUCCAGGCUGCCGACCAGGUGCUGCGUCAGAACUUGUCGAAAGUAACGAUUCUUGGCAACCCAGACGAAAUCCACCGUCACGCCAAGUCGCUGAACCUUGACUUGUCGCGUGCCAACAUUGUGAGCACGGCAGACAGCAACCUACUUGAGAAUUACGUCAACGCUUACUAUGAGAAGCGGAAACACAAGGGUGUGACCCGCGAGACGGCCCGUGAUGCCGUGCUAGAGGAGACGUGCUUCGCUACUAUGAUGGUUGAAAUGGGUGACGCGGACGGUAUGGUGUCGGGUGCCUGCCACACCACUGCCAACACGAUCCGCCCUGCGCUGCAGCUCAUUAAGACGACGCCCAACCGUCCAAAUGUGUCGAGUAUCUUCUUCAUGUGUCUUGAGGACGGCGUACGCAUCUACGGUGACUGCGCCGUGAACACGGACCCGAGUGCACAGGAUCUAGCGCAGAUCGCCGUAACGAGUGCCGAAAGCGCCGAGGCAUUUGGUUUAAUUCCGAAGGUGGCGCUGCUGUCGUACGCAACGGGUGACUCGAACUCUGGCCCGAUUGUCGACAAGGUACGUGAAGCGACGAAGAUAGCGCAGGAGUUGCGUCCGGACUUGGACAUUUACGGUCCGAUCCAGUACGACGCUGCGGUGGACAAGUCGAUUGCAAAGACGAAACUGAAGGCGAUCCCGAGUGGUGCUAAGGUUGGCGGCCGGGCGAACGUGCUGAUUUUCCCAGACUUGAACACAGGCAACAACACAUACAAGGCGGUCCAGCAGAGUACUGGUUGCAUUGCAAUAGGUCCUAUGUUGCAAGGUCUUCGCAAACCCGUGAACGAUUUGAGUCGCGGAGCGACAGUGAAGGACAUUGUGACGACUGUGGCGAUCACUGCAAUCCAGGCCGAUCAAGUGAUUCGGAAGCGCGAAUCCGAUGCUCUUGCAGCUUAG